CUAAACAGCCCAAUCGCUUACAAAAACAUAAAAAUGGGGGGGGCUCUCAACAGAGCAUGAAAAGGACACUUGUUCACAGAGCUGAAGCCCAGAGGCGGAGCGUUAAAGGACCACGAAGCGCCACAGGUGUUGGUCUUGGGUUGGGAAUUUUAGCAAGUAGGCGAAGUCCCAAAUAAGGCCUGUGCGUAACGAGGCCCAGCAUUCGUCCUCUCCCGUUCUUGCCCCCCUCCGGGCCUUGUAGGGACGUGCCCGGGUGGCCCCCAGAGCUGGGCUCUACGCGGCUUCAGGAGAACGGCUGAGCCAACAGUGGAGAAAGCACAAGGUGCCUCCAGCACCACCAUCCACAUCCUGUGGCUUCCAGGCCCGCGCCUUUGGGGUCUAGGGCUUUUUUGAGAGCGUUGGCUUUGUGGAUGAGGAAGGGAACCCAGGUGGCCAGCCGGGGAUGGGCGUGCUGCCCGCCUCCAUGUGUCCUGGGCUGCGAAGGCUGUUAGCAGCGCCCCGGACCCUCCGCUGCCCCCCGUACCCCAGCAAGGCCGGCGGCUGGCAGCUGGCCCGGCAGGGUCCAGACCUCCCUGCAGCCCUGUCCGCCCCCACAGGCGGAGUUUGCCAUGUUUAGCGGGACGCACGUGGAGCGGGACUUCGUGGAGGCACCUUCUCAGAUGCUGGAGAACUGGGUGUGGGAGAAGGAGCCGCUGCUCAGGAUGUCCCAGCACUACAAGACGGGCAGCGCCAUCCCCCAGGAGCUGCUUGAGAAGCUCAUCAAGUCUCGGCAGGCCAACACAGGUCUCUUCAACCUGCGCCAGAUCGUACUGGCCAAGGUGGAUCAGGCCCUGCACACCCAGACGGCUGCAGACCCAGCGGAGGAGUACGCCCGCCUCUGCCAGGAGAUCCUUGGGGUCCCAGCCACGCCAGGGACCAACAUGCCUGCGACCUUCGGCCACCUGGCAGGUGGCUAUGAUGCCCAGUACUACGGCUACCUGUGGAGCGAGGUGUACUCCAUGGACAUGUUCCACACGCGCUUCAAGCAGGAGGGCAUCCUCAACGGCAAGCAGGUUGGCAUGGACUACAGAAGCUGCAUCCUGAGGCCCGGGGGUUCCCAGGACGCCAGCGUCAUGCUGAAGCUCUUCCUGGGCCGAGACCCCAAGCAGGACGCCUUCCUCCUGAGCAAAGGGCUGCAGGUGGACCGCAGCGAGCCAGCAGCCUGCUGACGCACCAGAGCCCUGCCAGCCCCGGGCCAGCCCACCCCAGCCCCACCCUAGCUCCUGCCGCCCUGUUGCCUUAGCCCCCAGUCGGGAAACGGGGUGGCCUGCAGCUCAGGGUGGAGGGUGGGGGCAGGGUGAGGAGAGGGGGUGUUCGUCCUCCCCGUUCAUUCCUCCUGUCCAGUCUCCUCAGUGGUCGGCCGGGGCUGGUGGGGUCUUAUCCUCCAGAUGCCUGGGAAACUGUGUCCCGUCAGGCCCGCCGAUUUGUUGCACUAAUCCAUCCCCUUCUUGGGAAGUUUUCUGAGUGAAAAGAUGGUGGUUCUUUGAAAUGCAGCCAUUAAAAAAAAAAAAAAAAAUUGUAAAGAAGGAA